CACUCAUUCUGUAGAUGCUGUUGAAACGUGUGUGGUUCCAUGUGUGGUGUCUUUAAUUGUAGCACCUGCUGUUUCCACAGCUCACACUUUCUCUGAGUCCUGCUCUGUGUCCACAGGAACCGUUGCUAUUUUGGUUUCAGGGAUAAUUAUGUCUUCAUAUCAAGGGGAUAGACCAUCCCAAAUAUCUUCUCCCAGUAAUGGCUCUUUCUAUUCUCAGCUUCCUGAUUAGUCUGUUACAGUCAUGCAGUUCUCAAGGAUUAGAUAGAAUAUAUAGUGUGUAUAUAUAGAAUACAGACAGUAUAUGUAUAUGUGUAUAUACACACACACAUAUAUUUUCUUUAUUAUUUGGCUAGGUCAGUUUGUUAAAUUAAGAGUUUUGCCACAUAAGAACAGAGCACAUUCAUUCCUAUUUAGCAGAUGCAGCAAGUGUGUUUUUUCUUGCAUUGCAUAAAGUUUGAUAUUCAAAAUCCAAGAUGGCCGCCUUGACAACAGGCAUUUCAAACAAACAAACGCAGCGGAGUACUGUAUUCACUUUCAUACGUACGAAUUCCAUUUAAUUAAAAUCUGUCUAUUACCAAAAAUACGUAAGGGAUAUAUCUCUUUUUUUUUGUUUGUUACUUCUUACCCGGUUAUCCGUGUGGCGAUGAAACGCCGGAUGCCCUCAUGAAAUCCCAAAUUGAUUUCAAUUGAUAAUAUAGUGCACUAUUUAGGGUGCAUAGGCCAAUAGAACAUGCUGUACGUAGUGCGCUUAUGUAGGGAGUAAGGAGCAUUUUGAGAUUCCGCAGUAGCAUUUGCUAUCACUAACCUAGAGUUUUUUUGUAUGGGGUGACAGACGUUUUUCACUAAGCGCCGUCAGAAAAGAGCAUUAAAGCCAAAGUAAAUAAAUAAAUAAAAAGAGAAAGUGCUUAUUAAGAGAGUGUAAAUGCAGCGCUCUGAGGAAAGCAUGGCUGUGGCGGAUACAGCAGACUUCCUACGAAAAGCUGAACACCUGAGAAAGCUGGUUGAUAAACAUGACAAAGAAAGAGCAAUGAAUAAACACAGAAGGAGGAAUGGCCUCAGAGAAUGCUUCUGUGAAUUAGACGAGUUUGAGAACAAGCUGAACAUGGACCUUAAGGCUGAAAUUCUGAGAGUGCAGCAACAACUACAAAAAAUCAGAAAUGGUGUGUACAGAUUCCAGGGGCAGCUGAUGGAUGUGAAGCCAUCUCCCAAUUUGAUAGAAAAACUGAAAGACAUCAUGAGUGAGAUUGAAAACUCCAUCAACACAUUCAAAGAACAACAACAUAAAAGUUUUGAGGAGCUCUUGCAGGAGGAAAGGACUUGUUGGCAAGAGAUAUGUGCCUUUGAAAGGAAGAUUGACUCUUGGGCACUGGCUGUGAAGAAGGACACUGAGUUUCCCCUAGUUCAGAAAACCAAGCAUGGCAUGGCCACAAAAAGGAGACAGGAGUUUCCGAUAGAGGUGAUGGCUCUGGAAACAUUCCUGCAGCAGACAGGAGGGAAACUGGGCGGCUGGGACCAAUAUGACCAUCAAAGCUUCCUAAAAGUGUGGACCAAGCACCGUGGAAAACCCUCCUACAGGUCUGAGGUUAAACUUUACUUACCAGGCAAGACUGAGGAGGAUAUAAGAUUGCACGAGGACUGGUAUCUAGAAAUGUGCCGUCUCCAGGAAAAGAAGAAAGAGGCUAUUCAGAAAUGGAGGUCAGAAAGGCAGAGAGAACGGGAAGCUCGUGUGCAGCGUGAACACCAGGCUGGAGAGGUUGAGAGAAAGGAGCAAGAAGUCAUUCUAGCGGAAGCCCAGCGUCUCAAGCAGGAAGAGGAGCGCAGGGAGGUGGCACUCCGUCUGGAGGCCUGGAGGGAGCAGCAGAGGCAGAAGCAGGAGCAGGAGGAGGAGCAGAGACUCAGGGAAGAGGUGCUGCGGAGCAAAAGACUAAAGGAGGAAAGGCGGAGGCAGCUGGAGGUCAAACUCGCCGUGGAGGCCCACAUCAGGGAGAGGAAAGAAGAGGAGGAGCUGAGAAUGCUGAUGAAGGAAGAGCAGGAGCGAGUGGAGGUGGAGGAGAGGAGGAGACUGGCUGCUGAAGGCAUCAAACGUUUUCAAGAGAGGGAUCUACACAAGUUAGAGACAAAACUGCAGGAAAAGCAGACUAAAGAGGAGGAGGAGUUGGAACGGCUGAAGAAGCAGGCUAAAAUAAAAGAGAAGGUUGAAAGUCACAUUAGCCGAGAUCCUUCAAGACUCUGGAAACCAACCAAAGGAUGGGAAGAACGCACCAAAGAGAUUGGGCCAACAGGAGGUGGACCUGUUUAUCACAUGUUUCAUAGGGCAAUACCGACAUGGAGACAAGGCCUUUAAACCGGGACUCAGUCUUCACAGAGCAUCCAGACAUGCACAAGAAUGUAAUGAACUAUUGCUGCUUAUAAGUGAAACGAUUCUGAUUCUGAUAAAGGAAAAAUAAUGUCCAUGUUAUUUGUUUUAAAUACCAUUUACUUGAGAUUUGUUUUUUUUUAAUGUAGUUAAUUAUAUAUACUGGUCACUACUGUUAGUUAUACCAUAAGCACAUAGGUUCAGUAGCUUUUUAAUGUGUAGUGUGUUUAAUUUAAAAAAAAAAAAAAAAAAACUUGAAAGCUUAACUCCUGGUUUUAUGCAGAAAUUCUCUUAUGACCAACUUUUCAAUUUAUAAUUUUUGCACCUGCAUUUAAUAGGAUAAAAUAAAAAUGCUCCAGAUAACAUCAGAAGUUGUUGCUCUCUCUGCUUUCCAACUGGUUUCCAGUGUUUGACAUCACCAGUAUCGCUAAUUCCCAAUCACACUCCUGAAUAUGAAAGAAAUCAAAGAUUUCAGAAUACACUUAUUCCUUAGAAAGAGCGUGACAAAAUAGUUCUUGCCCAGUAUUUCGUGUAAUAUUGCUUAAUAAUAUAUAUUUAGUAUUACUAUUUAAUAUUUAAUAUCUAUCUAGCUUAAUAAUAAUAAUAUCUUUUCAUUCCUUGUGUAAUUAUGCUCUUAAUUCCUCAUUACUAGAACAUUGGAAAUUUGACAGAUAUACAACUUUAAUAAUAUGAAAUUGGAAUUUUAGGUAGAUAGUAGCUUUAAACACAGAAUCAGAAUACCAUCUUAAAAUAAAAACCUAUAAAUAUUUACAUUUUAUUCAGGAUUGUUCUCUUAGCUGUUAUACUUUUCCAAAUACAUCAGUGACAGAAAUCCUUAUGUAGGUUCCCAUUGUGUCAUGAUAACCCCAUUUAUGAUUUCUGAUUACUAGGAAAUAAGUAUUUAAUACUCUGAUGAACUCUUUACUGAGUAAAAAGUGGCAUUUAAGAUAAAAUUCCUUGCUUGUGUAACACAUUGUUUCAAUAAAGCACUGUGUAGUUGUAA